UGCGCGUGAACGAAGGUAAAUUUCAGGAAAAUGUUUACACUCACCUGUCAUUGAUGAAAGCGAAUAUUUGUGGAAUAAACAUCGAUCACAGUCAACAGAUAUAAUCUGAUGAGAUGUGUGAAUUACAAGCAACUAUCGAAUUCUCUGUGGAACUUAAUAAGUUUUAUAAUGUGGAUUUAUUUCAAAGAGGAUUUUAUCAUGUACGUACAUCUAUACGUAUGCCACCAAAAGCACCUGCAAAAAUUGAAGUCUGUUUUCCAAAAGAUAUAGAAUGUGAUUCAUUGCUGCCUUCCAGUAUUAUAGAUAAUGUGGCCAUAAGUAAAACAUUUCAGAUAUUAUAUCGUAAUGAAGAUGUUAUAAUCAAUGAUCCUAUGAUAUUCCGAAUACAUACAUUAGUAGAUAGUACUAAGUUGGAAGAAAAUUUGGAAAAUUUAGAGUUACAGUUAUGCGUUGAACUAUGGUUUGGAGAAGAAGAUUUUGGAUCUUCAUUAUUAGAGAGAAUGGAAAUGGUAAGCCAAAGAAUUCUACAACUUCAUUUUAGUCCAACUAAAGGACUACACCAUCAUGUGCCUGUUCUUUUUGACUAUUUCCACUUAGCUUGUGUAGAGGUGACUAUACAUGGCUGUCUUAUUGCCAUCCACCAACCUUACCUCAAUAUGCCUCGACCAGCUAAAACAGCCUGGGCUAAUAAACCACCUGAUCAGUCUACAUUAGAAACAGUUUAUUUUGGUCAGAGACCUAUUUCUACUAUGAGUAUGACUUCUACUUCUAUGAGUAUGAGAUUAUUACAAGCUCACAGUGUUCACAAGUUAAUCUGUAAACUAUUAUUAUCAGCUAACGAGAGUCUUCAGUCCACCUUUCUAUUCUACCUCAGUAAACUUCCUCAAGUAAAAUCCAAGCUUGAAAUAAAAGAUUGCCAUGAGAAAUUACAGAUUAUAUUAGCCAACUUACAGAGUAUUGAUGACGAAGAUGAUUUAAUACAGACAGUGAUAACAGAUAUAACACAACUGUGUGCUGAAAAUGUUAUAUUGUGGACCAAAUAUUUAGAAGCUGUAACCCUAGCUAAACCUGUUCAUAGUUACUUAGCUCAGGAACAUCAUACAGCAAGGGUGAAGAGAUUUGCUGAAGCUUUCUUUACAUUUGAAUAUCCCAAGAUAACAUGUUUAUCAUGCUAUGAACCAACUAUACAUGGGCAUGAUGAGAUAGCUAAAACUGUAUCAACAUCGGAUUAUUUUCUCAAUAUACCACCUAUACCUGUUGAAUGUCCGGAAUUAGAUGGUGAUAGUACGAGCAUGCCUAUUAUAUUUGAAGAUAUUUAUCAUGAUAAUUGGAUGAAUGCUUUAGAUGUAAGCAAAUUACGAAACAGUGAAAAGAAGAAAAUAAAACCAGAGAAAUCAGUAGAGAUUAAAGAUAGUGUUUUAUCAUCCUCCUUGGAAAAAGAGGAUUCCCUACAUCGAAAACAACCUAAAAAGAAAUUUAUCAAAAAUAUGAAACCAGAUGCAUUCCGUAGACCUUCUUCAUAUUCCUGUUCUGAUGCUGAGCAAGCUUCUAAUGUUGAUAAAAAAGGUGUUGUGUUGCUGGGUUAUAGGAAGAAACCUGUUCCGGAAUUUUAUCCCUCUAAAUCAGUGGAGCUCGGAACCUUUAGUCCCUUACCUAUUUCAUCCAUAGACAAUCUAGGUAUGCCGUCUGCUAAAGCACUGAGUGCUACUUCUAUGUCUUCACUUUUAGUGAGAUCAUGUUGGAGUAGAACUAGCGUCAGUUCCCUGCCAGACUUUCUGGACAGAUCAAGGCAUUUAUCAGAUAGUUCUGAAUCUGGUUUCCAAGAAGCUGAGGAACUGGAUAAAGCUAGAGCAAGAUUUAAGGCUCACCGGUCUCAUACAGCUCCUAUUCCAGGAUCUGGUGCAAAAUUACAAAAAAGUGCCAAUAUUGAUCAGAGUGUAGAUCCUUGUACGACAAGCUCUGAUCCACAAAUACGAAAAAAAUUAGAAUUUUGUAAAGAUGAUAAAGAGAGUGUUGGUAAUAUUGAAGAAGAGACAAAUAUUCAAUAUGUGAACAAUUUGAUAACAUCAACAAAUGAUGAUGAAAGUGAUGAUGGAGAUGAUGAUGUGUGUAAUGGCUAUGAUGAUUAUUUAGAAACACAUUGUAAAGAAUCGGAACCUGAAAACAUGAAUCAUUUAUCCGAUAAAUUAGACACUACCAAUAUAUCUAACUGUGAUAACUUACAAACUGCCGAUCCUAAUAACACAACUAAACCUCCAGGUGAUCCAAGUGCCUUAUCCUCAGUUGACGCCACAUCGCUUGAUGGCGUCAACAUCACAGUAUCUGCCAGUAAUUUAUCAAAAGACAGCGGUAUUCAUUAUAAUUUAGACACGGUUUCUGUGUGUUCAGACACAAGUAGUGUAUUUAAUCCACAAAUGACUGUCUUAGAACUUUUAAAAGAGGAAUAUACAAAAUCUCAAAAAGAGGCAGUUACAAAUGACAAUUUAUCGACUAGUCAUGGCAUGUUGCCAUGUCAUAGAGCUGCUAGUGAUACAGAUAUAGUUCGAAAAGUGGAUACACAUACAGAUUUAAAUUCUGCUUCUAGUAAAUUAGACUGUGAUGUAUCAGUAUCUAGUGAAAAAUUAUCUCGUUUGUUAUCUUCAUCGUCUUCAAAUCCUGAACUUUCCAGGUUUGCAGACAGUGCUGCUCCAAAACUAGUAUCAUUAGUUGGCCAUAAUACUAUAAAUUUUAUAACAUUACGAGAAGAAUUAAAACAGCAAAUCAAAUAUCAGGGUCAUAUAUACAGUGAAUGUCCAACAUUAGCAUCUGUAUCACCAUAUUUUGUUACACCUGAUACUGAUGAUGAUAAUGAUGGUAUACAUCUUAUUGUUUGUGUUCAUGGUCUAGAUGGUAACAGUGCCGAUUUACGAUUAGUAAGAACGUAUGUAGAGAUGGCAUUACCUGGUUAUAGACUAGAAUUCCUUAUGUCUGAGAGAAAUCAGCAAGAUACAUUUUCUAACUUUGAUGUAAUGACAGACCGUCUGGUGGAAGAGUUAUUAUCUUAUAUAGAUCUAUAUGGUUUACAAGCACAGAGAAUCAGUUUUGUUGGGCAUUCUUUAGGUAAUAUUAUAAUAAGAUCAGCUCUAGCCAGGAAGGAAUUACGACACUUAUUACCCAGAAUGUACACGUUUUUAUCUUUAUCUGGUCCCCAUCUUGGUACAUUAUAUAAUACUAGUGGAUUAGUUAAUAUGGGAAUGUGGUUUAUGCAGAAAUGGAAGAAAUCUGGAUCUUUAUUACAGUUAUCUUUGAAAGAUCACAGUGAUCCACGUCAGUGUUUUUUAUAUCAACUUAGUCAAAGAUCAGUAUUACAUCAUUUUAAGAAUGUUGUAUUAGUUGGUUCAAGUCAAGAUAGAUAUGUACCGUAUCAUUCUUCACGUAUAGAAUAUUGUAGAUCAGCACAAAGAGAUGCUAGUCUUACAGGUAAAAUUUACAAGGAAAUGGUAGAGAAUCUUUUACGACCUAUAGUGGAUGCACCUAAUUGUAAACUGAUUCGAUACGAUGUAUUCCAUGCUCUACCAAGUACAGCUAAUACUAUCAUAGGCAGAGCUGCUCAUAUUGCUGUUCUAGACUCGGAAAUAUUUAUCGAAAAAUUCCUCACAGUAGCUGGCUUAAAGUAUUUUAAGUGAGUUAAAAAGUAUUAAGACAUUUAGUAUUUUAAAUGAGUAAAAAGUAUUAGGUGUUAGGACAUUCCAUAAAAACACCUGUUAGUAAUGAAAGAGAGAUUUUACUGUUUUUUUGUAACAUUGUUGAAUUUUGAAAUGCCAGCAUAACUAAUACCUUGUCAGAGGUAAGUACUGCCAUGCUAACAUUAUUUGAGGUCAAAUAAUGUUCAGUGUAUAUCUCAUUUUAGUCUGGUCAUUUUCACACCUGUCUGUUCAUCAAUUAUCCAGAUUCACUUUUGUCUAAUUCUUUUAAAAUUUGUGAUACAAAGAUGCCAUUUUCGAUUUCAAUGAUGUAUUAAAAUUGCUUGUAGAGGUUUAGUUCUUGAUAAUAUAUUAAGGCCUUUUGGGCCACUAUCUACUGAUCUUUUUGAGAUUUCUAUGCAUUGUUUACUUUAUUGAGAGCAAAAAAAAACCCAAUCAAAUUUCAAUGAUUUAUGUAAAUUACGAGCACAAUACAGAGAGCCAGGACUAAGUUGAUAGUGGUGGCUGUAUGCUUCAAUACUUGGUAACCUAUAUCUUUACAGGUACUUUAUAAUUUCAAUUCAGUCUCUUCAUUUGUUUCUGCUUAUUUUG